UUGAAGUUUUGGUGGAGGCUUGCUGUUAUUUUCUGACGCUGUAUGGUUGUUUUCGAUUUGUAAUAUUGCUCUCGUUCAACCAUACCAUUCGGGAACCAUACAUCGGAGUUCUAAAGAUGAAUUCCAGCGUUGACCUAUCCAGGCGCAAUCCGCAGGAGGAUUUCGAGCUAAUUCAGCGGAUAGGAAGUGGCACAUACGGAGAUGUCUACAAGGCCCGUAAUGUCAACACUGGGGAACUGGCUGCCAUUAAAGUUAUUAAGCUGGAACCUGGUGAGGACUUUGAGGUGGUGCAGCAGGAGAUCAUUGUGAUGAAGGACUGCAAACACUCCAACAUCGUGGCCUACUUCGGCAGCUAUCUCCGGAGAGAUAAAUUAUGGAUCAGCAUGGAGUACUGCGGAGGAGGAUCUCUGCAGGAUAUUUAUCACGUGACUGGGCCUCUGUCCGAGUCUCAGAUUGCGUAUAUGUCACGGGAAACCCUCCAGGGUUUGUACUAUCUCCACAACAAAGGCAAAAUGCACAGAGACAUUAAGGGAGCAAAUAUUCUAUUGACAGACAACGGCUAUGUGAAAUUAGCUGACUUUGGUGUAUCAGCACAGAUCACUGCCACGCUGGCUAAGAGGAAGUCCUUCAUUGGAACUCCAUACUGGAUGGCUCCAGAGGUGGCAGCAGUGGAGAGGAAGGGAGGCUACAACCAGCUGUGUGAUAUCUGGGCCGUGGGCAUCACUGCCAUUGAGCUGGCCGAGCUGCAGCCUCCUAUGUUUGACCUGCACCCCAUGAGGGCCCUUUUCUUGAUGACAAAGAGUAAUUUCCAGCCGCCCAAAUUGAAAGACAAAGGGAAGUGGGGUAAUAAUUUCCAUCAUUUUGUCAAAUUGUCCCUGACGAAAAAUCCGAAGAAGAGGCCAACAGCAGAGAAACUAUUACAGCAUCCAUUUGUGUCACAGCCUCUCAGUCGAACCCUGGCCAUCGAGCUGCUGGACAAAGCCAACAACCCAGACCACACCACAUACAAUGACUUUGAUGAUGACGACCCUGAACCAGAGUUUAAGUAUAGGGGCCACUUCCUUCCCAUCACCCCUGGUGCUCGGCGAGCUCCUCGCUUUGCCAUCCGCAAGAAGUCUCCUGUGUCUGUUCCCCAUCGGAUUCGCUCCACCAGCAGGAGCACCAGGGAAGGGAAGACGCUGUCUGAGAUCACCUUUGGCCAGGUGAAGUUUGACCCCCCGUUGAGGAAGGAGACAGAGCCCCAUCAUGAGCUGGAUCUUCAACGGGACUAUGGACAGGAAUCUCCAAGCCUGGUGGGAGGGAACAAGAGUCUUCUCAAAUCAGUGGAGGAGGAGCUUAAGCAGAGCAAACACAGUACCAUCAUGAGGCCGAAAGUCCCACCCCCACUUCCCCCCAAGCCCAAAUCUAUCUGUCCGCCCCAGGAGAGCCCGUCCCAGGGAGAGGAUGAUAUAGGCGGAGGGGGGACCAUCAAGCGCUGCCCCGUACCCGAGAGCCCCGCCCGACCCGCCUCAAAUGUACCCCCCCGCCCUCCACCCCCACGCCUGCCCCCCCACAGACGCAGUAGCCUAGGUAACGAGAGUACACAGAGCCAGGCUGGCUCAGAGCCCGAGGGGAAUGAUGCUGGGAGCUUUAGGCAUUUCUGGGAGUGGCUUCAUGCCCCACACACGGAAGAGGAGUUGGAAGAUGUGUUGGAGGAGGAGGAGGAGGAAGAAGAGAGUAAUGGAUUGAGCUCUCACCAGAAUGGAGAGAAGGACAGUGCUACAGAGAGGCAGUCCACCAUGCCCCCUAGUGUCCCCAUACGGAAAGACAAGAAGGACAUUCCCAAGCCAAUCAGUAAUGGUCUCCCACCCACACCCAAGGUCCAUAUGGGGGCCUGUUUCUCCAAGGUGUUCAACGGCUGCCCGUUGAAAAUCCACUGUGCCACAUCCUGGAUCAACCCAGACACCAGAGACCAAUAUUUGAUAUUUGGUGCUGAGGAGGGGAUCUACACUUUGAACCUGAAUGAACUGCACGAGACGUCAAUGGAGCAGCUCUUUCCCCGGCGUUGCACUUGGCUUUAUGUUAUGAACAACUGCUUGCUCUCUAUAUCUGGAAAAGCCUCCCAGCUCUACUCUCAUAACGUAGCUGGUCUGUUCGAGCAUGCCCGGCAAAUGCAGAAGUUACCCAUGGCCAUUCCUACACACAAACUCCCAGACAAGAUGAUUCCACGGAAGUUUUCCGUAUCUAAUAAGAUUCCAGACACAAAAGGUUGCCAAAAGUGCUGUGUAGUGAGGAACCCAUACAGCGGUCACAAGUACCUGUGUGGAGCGUUCCAGUCCAGUGUGGUUCUGCUGGAGUGGGUGGAGCCCAUGCAGAAGUUCAUGCUCAUCAAGAACAUCGACUUCCCCCUGCCCUGUCCUCUGGAGGUGUUUGAGAUGCUGGUGGUACCAGAGCAGCAGUACCCUCUCAUCUGUGUGGCCGUCAGCAAGGGCACCGAGCUCAGCCAAGUGGUCCGCUUCGGAACGGUCAACCCCAACUCAACAUCCUCCUGGUUCACAGAGGCUGAUACGCCCCAGACGUGUGUCAUCCACGUCACCCAGUUGGAGAGGGACACCAUAUUAGUUUGUCUCGACAGGUGUAUAAAGAUCGUGAACCUACAGGGACGGUUGAAGUCUAGCAGGAAGUUGUCUGCUGAGCUGACGUUUAACUUCCAGAUCGAGGCGAUAGUGUGUCUCCAAGAUAGCGUUCUGGCGUUUUGGAGGCAUGGUAUGCAAGGGCGGAGUUUCAAGACCAAUGAGAUCACCCAGGAGAUCUCUGAUAACACACGGAUCUUCAGACUGCUGGGAUCUGACAGAAACUCUCAGCACGACAGUUCAGGGCAGGAGGGAGCCGCCAGUCUGCCCAGAGUGGUGGUGCUGGAAAGCAGGCCGACAGACAACCCCACAGCACCGAGCAACCUCUACAUCCUGGCUGGACAUGAGAACAGCUACUGAUCAAACCGCACAGCAUCCUGGGAGCACAAGUCACUACAGACACAGACACUAGAGACACAGACACUAGAGACACAGACACUAGAGACACAGACACUAGAGACACAGACACUAGAGACACAUACACUACAGACACAGACACUAGAGACACAGACACUAG